ACUUUACACUAGCUAGACAAAUUUUGGAUCACAAUUUUGAGUGGAUACAAAUAUUUUGCAUUACCCUAUUUAAAAAAUAAAAAAAUAAAUAAAGAAGAAGAAAGUAGAAUCUACCAAUCAUAUAAAAAAAAUUCACUUUCUCUCUCCUAGUUUUUUCUAUCUUGAGUCGGAGAAAACACGUCGAUUGCUUUGCUCGUCCUCUGUUUCUUCCUCCAACUCCAACCUUCCAUUAAUGGCUUCCUUACCCUCAAUUUCACCCAAAUCUCUUCCUCCUCUUACAAAACCCUUAAAACCCACAAAAACCCAGAAACCAUUUACACAAUUACCCCUCCCCACUACCUUCCGGCGCUCCUCCGCCGUCACUUCAGCCGUUUCCGGCGAUGAUUUUGGUAUUAUUCCGGCAAAGAGCUCGAAACUCGCCGAACAAAUUGAAAGUGCGGUGAGUGUUCUUCAGGAGAGUGAGAUUGUUGGCGGAGGUGCGGUGGUUGGUGGGUUUGAUGGGCAGUUGUCUUUGGAAAGUGUUUCUGGUGGUUGUGGUGGUGGUGAUGGUGGUCAAGGAAAUGGUGGGAAAGAUUUGGAUAAGAUGAUUGAUAGGAUUAUUAAUGCUUCUAUUGUUCUUGCUGCUGGUAGUUUUGCUUUGACUAAAUUGCUUACCAUUGAUCAUGAUUAUUGGCAGGGAUGGACAAUUUAUGAAAUACUGAGAUAUGCUCCACAACACAACUGGAGUGCUUAUGAAGAGAUUCUUAAAACCAAUCCCGUAUUAGCAAAAAUGGUGAUUAGUGGAGUUGUGUACUCAAUAGGGGAUUGGAUAGCGCAGUGCUAUGAAGGGAAACCACUUUUUGAAUUUGAUCGAACCCGCAUGUUGAGAUCUGGACUUGCUGGAUUCGCUUUACAUGGUUCUCUUUCUCAUUAUUAUUAUGAAUUUUGCGAGGCAUUAUUCCCAUUCCAAGACUGGUGGGCAGUUCCUAUUAAAGUUGCCUUUGAUCAAACUAUUUGGGCAGGAAUUUGGAAUAGUAUUUAUUUUAUAGUUCUGGGGCUCUUGAGAUUGGAAUCACCCGUUAGUAUUUUCAAAGAACUGAAGGGAACAUUCUUGCCUAUGCUCACUGCAGGAUGGAAGCUUUGGCCUUUUGCACACCUUGUGACAUAUGGUGUCAUUCCUAUAGAACAAAGACUGCUUUGGGUUGAUUGUGUGGAGCUCAUAUGGGUGACAAUACUUUCAACGUUAUCAAAUCAAAAGUCGGAAGCAAGACUCUCGGAAGAGUCUACCGAAACCACAAAUUCAAGUCCUUCAGAGGAGUGAGGAAGAUGUGACACCAUUGAGGACAACAGUCUGAGAUUUUUCCCACUAUUAGUGAUCCAAAUGAAGGUUGAAUCUGUCAAGUGGUAUGGUGAGCUGGUGGGUUUUGGCUUUGGGAAAUUGUGGUUUUGCAACGCUUGCCAGAUCUGGUUGUAAAGGAUAAUUGUGGUCACGUCGCUUCUACAUAAUGUAUAAGAUGUACAAAAGGAGUAUAAGCGACAACAUAGCUUUUGUAUGUAGCAUUCUACCUAUUUGUAUUUUUAGCUAUAGCUAUACCUGUAUAUUUACAUGUAUUUUUUUGAGGUAAAUAACCAUACAUAUACAAGUAAAAGAGCAUUAACAUAAUUUAUAAUCCUGUGUUCUAUUUUCUUAUCGAAUGGUACAUAGACUACAUACAUCAGUAUGAUAUAAACA